CUGGGUCUCAGGUAGCAGUGUCAGUGGGAGUUCGGGAGCUGCGCUUUGUCAAAGUGCUCAGUCCAAGUGGAGCAGCCUGACCCGCCGCCAGCGACCCUCAGCACACAGGACGGAAGGCGAGCACAGCGUCCCCUGAACGAAGCAGAAACGAGAGCAGCCUUCACUGAUCCAAACGGCAGAGAGAAAGCGCCACCAAGAUAAAGCGGAGUUUCUUCUUUAGAAAGGCAACAACAACAAAAAAAGUUUUUGAAAACUUUUACAAUAAGUUUUGUAGAAGUUUGCACGUUCAGCUGUUGGUGCACUUCAGAGCUGUACCUGGCCCCGGCUGAGAGUGGACGUCGGUUGAACACAAUUCUUGGACUGCUGGAUGAGUUACUUUGUCAAACGGAGGGGUGUAUGUGUGAACCAAAGUAGCCAGUUGGAGAAAACUGGGAACUCGAGUGGGGAGCCGAGUGACCGUAGCUCGGUGCACUACAAGUGGCCAUUCAAUCGGUUUACUGCCGCUCGAGAUCUAAACUAGACCGAACACUCGGGGGAGUAGCUCCUUCUGAGAUUUUCUUUUCUCUCUGACUUGUUUCGAGUGGAUUCACGUUUUCAGCAUUUUCUAAGCGAUCCCUGUGAGAGCUAAUCGUGAAAUGGCUGAACCGCGCUCCAACAUUACAAGGCUCUGACAGACCAGACUGCCACACAGCAACAGACAAACUCUCACACUGAUGAAGUGGCACUCGAUUUGACAAAAAAUAAAUUGUCCCUCAGGUAUACUAGACUGCAGGGAAAGUCAAAUAACAUUAAAAUCAAAUAUAAAACCGAGGGACAGGCUUGCAAACUUUACAUCGAACUCCAUUAACGGGACAAGAGUGGGAGAAAGAGGUAGAAGACGCCAAGUGUCAAUAUUGCAGUGUAAAAAAAGAGAUCGGCCAACUGUGUGAGGGGGGAAUUGAGAAGAGUUCAAGGGUUGGAGCAAGAGUCUGAGGAGCACGGAUCCUGUCGUGGGCUGGAGUUGGGGUGGAGUUAUGGAUCUAAACCUGAAAGAGUUCCACUAACAGGUGCAAUGCUGACACAGUCCAGCUCGAUUCUUUUAUCUGCCCUGGGCUCCUGAGGACCAACUGCUCCGUCCGUGCUUACCCUGACUGCUUCAUCCUGACCGUUAGAUUCGAUACGGCACAUCACAGCAACUCUGAUUAAUCCCAGCAGCCUGGAUAUUUAGCCGGGAUAUCCUGACCCUGAAAAUGCAGAGCUCAGUGACAGUGCGAGGAGCGCUCGAUGUAGCUGUCAGCCCGGCCAGCCUCACCAUGACUGGGCUUCACGUUCUGUUAGCUGCCGCAUUCCUCUCCGGCUCGUCCCAGUGCCUGGUUCAGGCAAACUCUUGGUGGUCGCUGGCUCUGAACCCCAUCCAACGGCCUGAGAUGUACAUUAUAGGCGCCCAACCUCUGUGCAGUCAACUGAACGGUCUCUCACAAGGCCAGAGGAAGCUGUGUCAGUUAUAUCAGGACCAUAUGAUUUAUAUUGGCGAGGGGGCAAAAACAGGCAUUAAGGAAUGCCAGUAUCAGUUCAGACAGAGGCGGUGGAACUGCAGCACCGUGGAUAACACCUCUGUGUUUGGAAGGGUCAUGCAGAUAGGGAGCCGGGAGACUGCCUUCACCUAUUCCAUCUCAGCAGCUGGUGUAGUAAAUGCAAUAAGUCGUGCAUGUCGUGAGGGGGAGCUCUCAACCUGUGGGUGCAGUCGUGCUGCCAGACCCAAAGACCUUCCCCGGGACUGGCUGUGGGGAGGUUGUGGGGACAAUGCAGAAUACGGUUACAGGUUUGCCAAAGAAUUUGUGGAUGCCAGGGAAAGGGAGAAAAAUUACCCAAAAGGCUCAGAGGAUCAUGCCAGGACAUUAAUGAACCUGCAAAAUAAUGAAGCUGGCAGAAGGGCAGUGUACAAUCUUGCGGAUGUGGCAUGCAAGUGUCAUGGUGUUUCAGGCUCGUGCAGCUUGAAGACAUGCUGGCUUCAACUGGCUGAUUUCCGGAAAGUCGGUGAUCUGCUGAAAGAAAAGUAUGACAGCGCUGCUGCCAUGAAAAUUAACCGGAAAGGAAGGCUGGAACUAGUAAACAGCCGCUUCAACCCUCCCACUGCAGAUGAUCUAGUGUAUCUCGACCAGAGCCCUGAUUAUUGUGUUAAGAAUAAGACCACAGGCUCCCUGGGCACAACAGGCCGCCUCUGUAACAAGACCUCCGAAGGAAUGGAUGGCUGUGAGCUAAUGUGCUGCGGACGGGGUUAUGAUCAGUUCAAGACCGUGCGAGUUGAAAGGUGCCAUUGUAAAUUCCACUGGUGCUGUUACGUCAAAUGCAAAAAAUGCACGCAAAUAGUUGAUCAGUUUGUUUGCAAAUAAAUUUUUUAAAACUUCCUUAUGUAAAGGGUGCCUGGAGAGUUCCCACUUUUCCAAAAACAAACUGCUAAAAUGGUGAAUGUAUAAUGCACGUGCUCAGACUUCAGCAAAAGAAAAACAGAAUCGGUACUUCACUUACCAGAUAAAAUGAACUGCUUUAUAAUCAUUUUUUAAAAUAUAUAUAAUUAACUGGACCUAGUACUGCACUCUGCCUCUAGCCUCUGGCUCUCCUUGUACAAUGUAUAGUGGAUGAGUGACAAGUGUAGCAGUAAUGACCGAGUCUUGCCUGCUGACUAUUUAUUAAAGAUGAGGUCACAAAUAUUUAGCAUUCUGACCUAAUUUAAUUCGGGUUUGAAAGCCACCUUCUACCUUCUCCUCCCAUCAGCAUUUUCUCAUCCUAUUUCAGCAAAGUAACAUACUUUAUAAAUAGGAAACCAGCUUUACACAAUAACUGGAACAGGCCGGAAACAAUGAAAUAAUUUGCUUGUGAAUUAAAAGAAGGGAAAGAAAGAUAUCCCUAUGAGAUGUUGAUGUCAAAUGACAUUAAUUCAUUUUAUGUAACGUAAUCAAUAUCUCUCUCUCAAAUAGCUAGAAAUGUAUCAUGUAUUUUGUGAUCUAAUAGCCUGCACUGUUUUUGCAAAAUUCAAUACCUAUUUUUGCAAAGUACUUUGUAUACUUUAAACUUACAUUCUGCACAAAUGUGUAUAUAUGCUUGUACUUAGAAUCUGUGCCAGAAUGAAAACAGGCAUGUCACUACCAUUUAAACUGCAACCUAACUGGAUUUGUGCAAAGGUCCUUAUUUUAAGAUUUAAUAAUCUUACAUUCAUAAAGAGCUGUGGAAGAUGAUCUACAACAGGACCUUGGUGACAUUACAAAUAAUUUGAAAUUCCUGAAAAUUUAAAAGGGGAAGCAGAGUUUUAUUUUGAAAGACUGUAAGCAUUGAGUAUUCAAAAAACACAUUUGAAAGAAUAAACCAAAUUUUAAAAACUCAUUACAAAAUACACAAAAAAAAGGCUAUCCUAGUUUUGAACAAUGGGAUCAUUUAUUAAAAAGUAGCUGUUCCUUAAGUUAUAAUGAGACUUAAUAACUUUAAUGACCAGUUGCUUAAUGCAACUGAUGAUGGAGGGGAGUUCUACGUUUGUAAAUAAGAACUUGUAUAUACCAAAUUCAGCCAUUGGGUGGGAUAUUUGUUACAUCAAGAGUCCUCACACCUGGAUCUCAAUGCACUAUCUGCAAAAGAUUGAAAUUGUUUAAAUGAAGAAUGAAUGAAAGAAAUGCUCAACACUUGAGGGAGUUUUGCAGUUUAUAAUUUACAGUUUAUAAUUGUUUACAUUGUAUUAGGAUGAUUAGAUAAUGUUAUUUAACAAUACUUUUAACCACACGUGUCUACACUUCAUUUCAAUGCAAUAGACACAUAGGCCAUUCACUCUCUCACUGUUAAUCUGGACCUACAGCAAAGAUUGUAGUUAUACUUUUUAAUUAAAGCAGAUUUGGUAGCUUUAAAUUAUUUAACAAAGUUUAAGCAGUGAAGAUACCUUUCAUGGCAAAGUUUUUGAAAAAUGGCAACCUUACAUCACAAAGCUAUAAGUUUAUGGAGAAUUCUUUAUGUUCUUAUUUUGCAUUUAAGACUAAUAGUAAAAAAACACACUUGGCUAUUCUAAAUUGUUAGCAUCCAUGUAUAUGUCAAGUUAUAUUGUUGCUUGUUCCUUCUGUUCAUUACUCCACCCAUUAAAUGAACUUGCUUUUAUUUUAAUAAAA